CUUGAGUCGGGGGUGGAUCAGAAUGAAAUAAUCUCUCUCUGGAGCCCCAAAGGGGCUGAACUUGUAUUUCGAGAAUGUGGCCCAUGAAUUUUAAGACUGGAAGCGGUGUCAGGCUAUGGCAUAUAGUUAAUCUCAAAACCCCUGUGUUUUCCAAACUCUAGGAAACAUGUAUGUGUGGAUCACUCUCCUCGCGGGCUUGGCUCUUCUCCCCGCGCUGCUGACAACUUUCUUCCCAUAUUUUUUCCAGGACUGCGUGUAUAUGUACAGGGCUCUUGGAUGCGGGAUCCGAUUAAUUGUAUACAAAAGGAAAACUCCGUUCUAUAGUAUUGUGGACUGCUUUUUGGACGCGGUGAAGAAACACCCGCGAAAAGAGUUCAUUCAUUUCGAGGGGAAGACUCACUCUUAUGAGGAGGUGGAUAAGGAGAGUAACAAAGUAGCGAAUGCGCUGCGCUCGGAGGCUGGGCUCAGAGAAGGGGACACCGUCGCGCUGUUCCUGGGCAACGAGCCCCGCUUCGUGUGGACCUGGCUCGGCCUGGCUAAGCUCGGCUGUCCCGCAGCACUCCUGAACUUCAACAUCAGAUCCAAAUCACUGCUUCACUGCUUCUCCUGCUGCGGCGCGAGCGUGCUUCUAGCAGCUGCCGAGCUUCGUGAUGCUGUUGAGGAGAUAUUGCCGGCACUGAAAGAGAAGGGGAUAACUGUAUACCUCCUGUCAGAUGAGUGCACUACAGACGGCAUUCAGUGUAUCGGUCAAGCCAUUGCCAAAGCUUCAGAUAAGCCGCUGUCCCCGUCUCUCAGGUCCAACAUCCAUAUCAGGACUACAGCACUGUAUAUCUACACUUCUGGCACUACAGGUCUUCCUAAAGCAGCGUAUGUGACCCAUGAGAGAGUCUGGGCUUCGUCGUUCAUCCAGGGUGUGUGUGGAGUGACGUCUAAAGACAUAUUCUACAUCAAUCUGCCUCUGUAUCACAGCGCCGGGUUCCUCAUCGGACUUGUUGGAUCCAUUGAAAGAGGAAACACUGUGGUUCUGCGGAGAAAGUUUUCUGCCUCUCAGUUCUGGGAUGACUGUAGGAAGUACAACAUAACUGUGAUGCAGUACAUUGGUGAAACACUGCGCUACCUCUGCAAUAUGCCAAAGAAAGACAAUGACCAAGACCACAAUGUGAGGGUUGCCAUUGGAAAUGGCGUACGAGCUGAUGUCUGGAAAGAGUUCCUAAACCGUUUCGGACGCAUUCAUGUCCGAGAGCUCUAUGCCGCCACAGAAGGAAAUGUCGGCUUCAUCAAUUACACCGAUAAAGUCGGAGUGGUCGGUCGUAUCAAUAUUCUCAGCAAGGUGUUUUUCCCCUUUGCCAUCAUUAAGUUUGACAUUGAAAAAGAAGAGCCGGUGAGGAACACUGAGGGUCUGUGUAUCCCAGUCGGAAAAGAUGAGGUGGGCCUUCUGGUUGGGGAAAUCACAAAACACACCCCUUUUGUCGGCUACGCUGGGAACAAGCAGCAGACGGUGAAGAAGAGACUCAGUGAUGUGUUUGUGAAAGGAGACCUGUAUUUCAACAGUGGAGAUCUGCUGAGGAUCGACCACGACAACUUUGUCUACUUUCAUGAUCGAGUUGGAGACACGUUCAGGUGGAAAGGAGAGAAUGUGGCUACAACUGAGGUGGCAGAUAUUCUCAUGAUGGUGGACUGCAUUGAGGAGGCCAAUGUGUAUGGAGUCAAAGUUGAAGGUCAUGAAGGAAGGAUUGGAAUGGCAGCUGUGAAACUGAAAGAGGGCAGAGAGUUUGACUGCGUCAACACAUGCAGUGUUUUGGCAAACUAUCUUCCAAUGUACGCCAGACCUCGAUUCAUCCGAAUUCAGAAUUCCUUGGAAGUCACAGGAACUUUCAAGAUGAAGAAAGUGAAGCUGGUGGAGGAGGGCUUUGACCCAAACUCAAUACGAGAUCCUCUCUACUUUCUGGACCUGACGCAAAAGAAAUACAUUCCACUCUCUCCGGAAAUUCACAAGUCGAUCAUGUCGCAGGACAUUAAACUGUAAAAAUCCAUAGAAUAAGCUAACAGUACAACUUUGAAAUCUACAAACCACUA